AUGGAGAGGCAGGUCCAUCGGAAAGACGUCCUUCUUCAAGACAAGUCCGGCAAGACCCAGGCCCUAGCCUUGCCCCCAACAGACAAGCGAGCGGUGGCCGGCCGGUGGAUUACGGGGCGCGAGGCUUCAGGCAGUACUAAGAAGUCGCCCCGCACCCCGAGAUCGCCCCGGGAGAAGACACAGGCCAAACCCGCCGGAAAUCAUUCAUCGACGUCGAGGAGGUCGGUUCUGGCCCCUACCGUGCUCCCUCGAGGAAUAGUAACACCGUCCGGGAGCUCGCCUCGAACCUUCCGAAGGUCGACCCAGACGUGA